AUGUCCUUUGUAGAAGACAAGGAACCACUUCCAUGGAACACACGAGUUCAAAUUGCAAUUGGAAUAGCUGAAGCCCUUUGUUUCCUGCGCAGAACACAAAAUCAGGUUGAUAAUCGCCCGCUUAGGCUACAUAAUAUAUUGCUGGACACGGAGUUUAAUGCAAAGCUUUCUGAUUUCGAAGCUGCAAAACUUGUACAUGGGAAUUCCUAUUCGGGCUAUACCAGUCAAAUAGGUUCUUUGCAAGUGAAGGGCAACGUUCAUGCUUUUGGAGUAAUCCUAGUUCAGAUAUUAACCGGUCAACACAUUAGCAAAGUCGAUUUUGCAAAUCUAAGACAGACUUUGAAUCUGAAACAAGAGUCAAAAGAAAGUUUUAUGCGAGCACUGGACCCACGCCUUCAUAGCUUAAACGACGCUACAGUUAAACAAGCUCUGAAGAUGGCUGCUCUUGCUUUCCUUUGUCUCGAUGAACCAUCGUAUACACUAAACCAAGCCUUGGACAUAUUAAGACAACUUUAG